AUGCCAGGGGCCGUGCUGACCCCGAACUGCAGGAAGUGCGUCAGCCAAGUCGUCCGUUUUUCCUGGCCGCGUCGCCCUUCGACCCCGGAAGUGGGGGCUCGGCAGGGCGGUGUUGACGCUGGAAUAAAGAUGGCGGCGUGCGGAGGCGACGGCCGCGCUUCCCGUUCCGCGCCCUCGUGUGGGGCGCUUCUUCUCUUGGCGGCUCUUCUGUGGGGCGGCUCGGCGCGGGCCCGCGUCCACCACCUCGUUCUCAAGGAUGACGUGCGGCAGAAAGUUCAUCUUAAUACGUUUGGCUUCUUCAAGGAUGGCUCUAUGAUGGUCACCGUCCACAACCUCUCAGUUGACCGGAACCACCUGGUGGGAUUCACUUUAGACCGGACACGGAAUGAUGGAUUCUCCACUUACCUGGAUGAAAAAUUGGAUUAUUGCAUUUUGAAUAAAACGUCACCCGAUUUUUCCAUCAAAAUCCUACUUGUGAACUUCACAGAUUAUAGUGUGAAAAUCAAGCCCAAAAUGGAAACAUCCCAGCUGCCCAGAAUAGUCUUCGUAGUCAACGGGACUGCACAGUCGGGGACUGCUCCUGCCAAGGGCGCGUCUGCGGAGGAGGCGCCGCCACAGAACAGCGAGACGAAGCAGGCACCCUCCAAAAAUGUGUCAGCAACUCAGGUGGCCGCUGAGAAGUCGCAUCCCUUCCAGAACUUAACCGGUGGCCUUUCUUUCCAGUUUUUCUUCAACGUCUCGGAGACCCAAGAGGGCCUUUACAGCCUCUACUUCCACAAAUGCGUUGCCAAGAGCACGCUGAACGAGCCCUUCAGCCUGGAUAUAGAGAUUCAGGAGAAGAACCCUGGCAGCUACCUCUCUGCAGGAGAAAUCCCUCUCCCCAAGCUCUAUGUUUCAAUGGCGCUCUUCUUCUUCGUCUCUGGAGUAGUGUGGAUCCACAUCCUUCGGAAACGCAGGGCUGACGUGUUCAAGAUUCACUGGCUGAUGGCUGCUCUUCCUUUCACCAAGUCCCUCUCUUUGGUUUUCCAUGCAAUUGACUAUCACUACAUAUCCACACAAGGCUUCCCCAUUGAAGGCUGGGCUGUGGUCUACUACAUCACUCACCUACUGAAGGGCGCCCUGCUAUUCAUCACCAUCGCCCUCAUUGGCACUGGCUGGGCUUUUAUUAAGCACAUCCUUUCGGACAAGGACAAGAAGAUCUUCAUGAUUGUCAUCCCGCUGCAGGUCUUGGCAAAUGUGGCCUACAUCAUCAUAGAAUCAACAGAAGAAGGCACGACAGAAUACAGUUUGUGGAAAGAGAUCCUUUUCCUAGUAGACUUGCUUUGCUGUGGGGCCAUCCUGUUUCCAGUCGUAUGGUCAAUAAGACACUUACAGGAGGCUUCUGCAACAGACGGCAAAGCUGCCAUUAACCUAGCAAAGCUGAAGCUGUUUAGACAUUACUACGUCAUGAUUGUGUGUUACAUUUACUUCACACGGAUCAUUGCCAUCUUCAUCAGGAUCGCAGUUCCAUUCCAAUGGAAAUGGCUUUAUCAGGUCCUGGAUGAAAUGGCCACCUUGGUGUUCUUCAUCCUAACUGGAUACAAGUUCCGGCCUGCCUCGGACAAUCCUUACUUACAGCUCUCUCAGGAUGACGAGGACGACUUGGACAUGGAGGCCGUGGUGACGACUACAGGCGUCAUGGAGGGCAUGAAGAAAGUGAAGAAGGUGGUAAACGGCUCAGCGGAGUCCCGAGGGGAUUGGGAAAGCACCGCAUGAUGGAUGGAUUCUUUUUCUCCCUCCCCGCCCCCUCCCCCCUGCCCCUUAGGACAAGGCAGCACUUUCAGAGAAACUCUAAUUUAUUGAUCUUUUACUUUCUCAACGGAAAGGGAGCUUGCUAAGCUUCCUGACAUCGAAACUGGAGAAUGAAACAGGGGAGGCGGCGGAGAGGCAGGGGCGACAUUCUACAGAGAGCAAAA